AUGGAAGAUUCAACCGUCACUUGCACAUGCAAAAACUUUGAAGAAUCUGGAUGGUUGUGCUUCCAUUGUUUAAGAAUAUUGCAUUUACAUUCAAUCAAUACAAUUCCAGAUCGUUACAUAACAACAAGAUGGAAUAGAUAUGCAAAGAAACAGAUAUGGGAAAGGGUUGAUACAAUAAAAAGGGAGAAAGGUGAAAUCAACAAUUUUACUGGUUGGAGAUUACAUAUGAUCAGAAGAUACUAUAACUUAAUUUUGAAAGGGCAUAAGAUAGCAAAGGCCAGAAAAUUUAUCGAGGAGAAGUUUAAAAUGGAUAAUAAAGCAGUUGAUGAAAUCAUAAAAAAGGAAGAAGAAAGGAAGGCAAAAGAAGAAGCUGCAAAGAUAGCAGAACAAGAAAAGGCAAAAGCUGAAGCACAACGAGAAACACAAGACGGGGAAUCAACUAAUUCUGAAAUAACAAUUGUGCUUGAUCCUGAUCGUGCUAAUACUAAAGGAAAGAGUAAGAAGAGAAUAAAGGGUCAAUAUGACAAUUACAAGCAGCCAUCAAAGAAAGGAAAAAAGAAACACAAAGAAUUUGGAUCCAAGACACCCAAUAUUCAAUUAUUUACACCUAAAGAACAACUAUUUUAGUGAUGUUCUUGUUUUAUUAUCAUAUACAGUUACUUCAACAUUUUUAAACAAAUUUAUUGAGUGUUUAUACUAUAGUUCUCCUUUACAAUACAUAGUUACUAUACAUUCAGUAUAGUAACUCUUUAUAAACACA